CUCCUCCUUUCACCUUAUAACCACAUCUACACGAAACCCACUCACUGAAUACCCAUAUAAAAAACCCUAAACUUCUUCUACCUUUCUAUUCCCUCCUCUCUUCUUUCUCUCACACCCCCCCUCCAUAUUCUCUCCCUUUGUGGGAGAAGAAGGGACAACGCUUUUAUGCUCCAACAUUCAUCAGAUUAACUCAAAAAUGGCCAUCACUACUCACACUCUAUCCUCCACAGAAAAAAGACAUUGGUGGCUUACCAAUCGAAAGAUUGUUGAGAAAUACAUCAAAGACGCUCGGAGUCUCAUAGCGACGCAAGAUCAGAGGGAGAUUGUUUCGGCUCUCAACCUUCUAGAAGCUGCUCUGGCGAUUUCUCCCAGGCUGGACCAAGCGCUUGAGCUUAGAGCCAGGGCUCUGCUCUGUUUGCGCCGCUUCAAGGAGGUUGCGGAUAUGCUUCAGGACUACAUUCCCAGCCUCAGAAUCAACGAUGACUCCUCUUCUUCCUCCUCCUCCUCUGUUUCCUCCGACACCUCGAGAGAGGGAGUGAAGCUUCUCUCCUCCUGUGAGUCGCCGGUGCGAGAUCAGAGCUUCAAGUGCUUCUCUGUUUCCGACCUCAAGAAGAAGGUCAUGGCAGGGCUGUGUAAAAACUGCGAGAAGGAAGGGCAAUGGAGAUACUUGGUGUUGGGUGAAGCAUGCUGCCACCUAGGCCUAAUGGAGGAUGCAAUGGUUCUUCUUCAAACGGGAAAGCGUCUUGCAAGCGCUACACUCCGGCGCGAGAGUGUGUGCUGGUCGCAAGACAGCUUCAAUGUUACGAACAUCCAAUUCUCCAGCGACGCCACAAAUGCGCCACCCACAACUCCACCGCGAACUCUUCUUGCGGCGGAUUCCGAGAGCGUGACCCAACUCCUCGGCCACAUAAAGUUCCUCCUCCGGCGACGCGCUGCCGCACUGGCCGCCCUCGACGCCGGGCUCUACUCAGAGGCCAUCCGCCACUUCUCGAAAAUUGUGGACGGCCGGCGUAGCGCACCGCAGAGCUUCCUUGUCGAAUGCUACAUCCUCCGCGCUUCCGCUCACCGUUCCGCCGGUAGAAUCGCAGAGUCAAUUGCGGAUUGUAACCGCGCCCUUGCUUUGGACCCCACUUGCAUUGAAGCACUAGAAACCAGAGCUUCACUGUUUGAAAACAUUCGUUGUUUACCCGAUGCUCUUCACGACCUCGAACACUUGAAGCUCCUCUACAAUUCAAUUUUACGAGACCGCAAGCUUCCCGGUCCUGCGUGGAAGCGCCACAACGUGCGUUAUAGGGAAAUUCCAGGGAAACUCUGCACCCUCACUAAUAAAAUUCAAGAACUGAAACAGAAGCUGGCAUCUGGAGAAACAGGGAACGUCGAUUACUAUGCUUUGAUUGGUGUUCGACGAGGUUGUUCCCGGUCGGAGUUGGAAAGGGCUCACUUGUUGCUUUCCUUGCGGCACAAGCCUGAUAAGGCAACGGGGUUCAUCGAAAGGUGCGAGCUUGCGGAUGAGCGUGAUGUUGAGUUGGUUAAAGAGAGGGCGAAGAUGUCAUCUUUGUUGUUGUAUAGAUUGGUUCAGAGGGGUUACACUACUGUGAUGAGUAACAUCAUGGAUGAGGAAGCUGCUGAGAAGCAGAGAAAGAAGGCUGCUUUGCUUGCUAUUCAAGUGCAGAAAGAGAAACCCGAUGAACCUGAGUUGGUGAGCAAGGUUGAGUGUACCAGGAGCAGCGUGGAAAAUAAUAAUAAUAAUAAUAAUAAAGAUAAUAAUAAUAUUAAUAAUAAUAAUAAAAAUGAUAACAAUAAUAAUAUUGCUCAAAUGUCUCAAAAUAGGUCCAUGGUUUGUUCUUCUACUGUGAAUCCGGCAAUGUUUCAGGGCGUUUUCUGCCGUGACAUUGCGGUGGUGGGAAACUUGCUUUCUCAGGCUGGAUUUAAUCGGUCCAUGCCGGUGAAGUAUGAAGCAUUGAGCUGUUGAUUGAAUUGAACUGCGUAUGAACUGGAAAUGUUGGGUGGGGGAUGUCGGAGAUGGUACGGACAGUGGAAAUCAAAAACAAAAUAUUUAGAUUGCCGGAAAAUUUACCUUUUCAUUUUUAUCUUUCAUUAGUUAUCUUUCUAUUAUCUCUAUUAGAUGUACAGAUUAUGAGUACUGAAAUGCAGAUUCUCUUUUGGGAUGUUUGGUCUUCAA